CGGACAUCACAACUUGCUUUCGAGAGUCGACAACUCCAAUAUUCUGAAACGCUUGUCGGUCCUAUUCCGGCCUACCACCUCUCUCAUCUACCCGACAGUCCCAUUUCAACCAUGGAUCCGGGGUUCUCAAUGGACGACAUUGCUCCGAUCGCUAUUCUCAUGGAUGAACUGCGGGCGGAAGACGUUCAACUUCGUCUGAACGCCAUUCACCGCAUCGCUACCAUCGCGCUUGCCCUAGGCCCUGACCGUGCCCGUGAAGAGCUCCUUCCCUUCUUGCAAGAGUCUGUGGACGACGAGGAUGAGGUUUUGCUCGCAUUGGCGGAGGAGCUUGGGAGGAACUUCGAGCAAUUCAUCGGCGGGCCAGAGUACGCGCAUCUCUUGCUCGGGCCUCUAGAGAAUCUCUGUGCAGUUGAGGAGACGCUUGUGCGGGACAAGGCCGCAGAGUCGAUCACCAAAAUAUCCGCCGUCAUGAGCCAAGCCCAGGUCGAGCAGUUCUAUAUUCCCCUUCUCAACCGACUCUCACACGGCGAAUGGUUUACAUCGAGGACGUCGUCAUGCGCUCUCUUCCCGUCGGUGUACGACAAAGCCUCCCCUCCAGUCCAGGAUGAGUUGCGGAGAAGCUUCGCGACGUUAGGCACGGACGACACGCCGAUGGUGCGGCGAGCAGCCGCAAAGUGGCUCGGUCCGCUCGUCAAGAAGUUCGCCAAGCCCAAUGUACUCGGAGAUGGUCUCGCGAUCUAUCGCAGACUUCAGCUGGACGACCAGGACUCUGUUCGUUUGUUGACCGUGGAAGAUCUCAUUGCCAUCGCCCAAUCGUUCUCACCCGCAGAGGUCAAAGAGCACUUGCUGAAGCAGAUCAGGCAGACAGUAGGGGAUAAGAGCUGGCGCGUACGGUAUAUGUCGGCGACCCACUUCAACGAGCUUGCGGAGGCAGUAGGGCAGGAGCUCGUCCGAGAAGAGUUGAUCGGACACUAUGUACAGCUGCUCAAGGACAACGAGGCCGAAGUUCGCACUGCUGCGGCAGGUCAGAUUCCAGGGUUCUCUAAACUACUCGAGAAGGAAGUCAUCUUGAACCGGGUUGUCCCGUGCGUUCGGGACCUCUGUCAAGACACUUCUCAGCACGUCCGUGCCGCCUUGGCUAACCAGAUCAGCGGCCUCGCUCCGUUGCUCGGAAAAGACUCCACCAUCGAACACCUCUUGCCCCUAUUCCUGCAUCUCCUGAAGGACGAAUUCCCCGAGGUUCGGCUGAACAUCAUCAGCAAACUCGACCAGGUCAACGCUGUGAUUGGCAUCGAACUCUUGUCGGAGAGCUUGCUUCCGGCUAUCGUCGAGCUGGCUGAAGAUAAGUCAUGGCGCGUGCGGCAAGCCAUCAUCGAGUACAUCCCUCUGCUCGCGAACCAGCUGGGCAAGUCGUUCUUUGACGAACAGCUAGGCAACCUCUGCAUGUCAUGGCUCGGUGACAACGUGUACAGCAUCCGGGAGUCGGCGAUUGUCAACCUCAAGAAGCUUACUGAGGUAUUCGGCGUUGACUGGGCGAAGGUUCAGAUUGUACCGAAGGUAGUCGGCAUGGGACAACAUCCGAACUACCUGUACAGAAUGACAACUGUUCAAGCGAUCACCGUCAUCGCGCCGUCCUUAACGCUCGACAUUGUCCGUGCCGAGAUUCUGGACAACCUGCUGCACCUCGCGAACGACCCGAUACCCAACAUCCGCUUCAAUGUCGCGAAGGCCCUGGAGGUCCUUGCGACUACAUUUGGAGACACCGCGGACGGCCGCCAGGUGGUUCAGCAGAAGGUGUUGCCUGUGCUGGAGGCGCUUAAGAACGACUCGGACGCAGAUGUGCGCUUCUUUGCGCUCCGUGCCUUGCAGAAAGCGCACGAGGUCGGCGCCUGAGGACGCAGGCUCGUUCGCUGGUGUGGACCGUCCUGCGUUAGACGUCGUACAAUUAAGUUGGGAUGGUCGGAACAUGAAGAAUCAGAAUGUAUUGUACAGCUUCCUUGUUUCGAUGUCAAUAUUGCAGCUGCUCACUUGUCAAGUUC